AAAAAAACAGUUUGUAUCGCUCGGUCACAUGACGUUGCAGGCCAGCAAGCCGGAGAAAUCCAAUGAUCACGUGAAACAGUUCGGAAUUCCAGUUGUGUUGAUUGCUUGUGUCAUUUCCACAACGGAAAGGUGUGUAAUCGGGCUGGUGCAAUGUCAUUCUCCGUGUACCCGCACAGUGCAACAACGCCGCACUGAACUGGAAAUAACUCGGUAAGCAGCGCAGUAUUCAAAGGUCCUGUUGCUGUGUGCCCCUCCACGUUCCCCCAGAAACAUGGCUGUUGUGCGGCAGUUCCGUCUCCUUUUGUGGAAGAAUUACAUCCAGCAGAAGCGUCAGAUUGUGGCGACGGUCCUUGAGAUCGCCCUCCCGCUGCUCUUCGCUGCCAUCCUGAUCGCUCUGCGACAGCGCGUCCCCUCCAGCACCUUCCCCAACGUCACCUCCUUCAGCAACUUCUCUGUCACGUUCCUCCCCCAGCCCCUGGGCUGGGAGAAUCUAGAGCUGGCCUUCAUCCCCGGCAAUGUCAGCACGGUGCGGAGCCUCGCCAGCGACGUGGGGAAGCAGUUCAAACCCGGGCUGAGAGCUCGUUAUUUCGAUACAGAAGCCGAGUUUGAGAAUUCUGUCCGGAAGGAUCCUGAAUUUGGGAAUAUCCUAGCUGUAGUGGUGUUUGAGCACCCCUUCAGUCACAGGGACGAGCCUCUGCCUCUGCAGGUGAGCUACCACCUGCGCUUCAAGUACAGCCCUCGAAACGCCCCGGCACGGGAGAGGACGGGGCUGAACCCCAACAGUGACCGGGACUGGCACACCCAGAAGCUUUUCCCCCUGUUCCAGCUCCCUGGACCCAGAGAACGGGACUACAACCACGGGGGCACCCCAGGGUACUACCGAGAGGCCUUCCUGGCGGUCCAGCAUGCGGUGGACCGGGCCGUCAUCGGCUCAUACGGGAACAGGUCCGGAGCGGCUCUGCUGGAGAAGGUCUCGGUCAGCCUGUCCCGGUUCCCCUUCCCCCCCUUCAUCAACGACAUCUUCAUCCUGGCCGUCCAGAACCAGCUGCCUCUGCUCCUGAUGCUCAGCUUCACCUACACAGCGCUCAACAUCGUGCGAGCCGUGGUGCAGGAGAAGGAGAGGAAGCUCAAGGAGUACAUGAGGAUGAUGGGGCUCAGUAACUGGCUGCACUGGACAGCCUGGUUCAGCAUGUUCUUCCUCUUCCUGCUCAUCUCAGUCUUCUUCGUCACGCUGCUCUUGUGUGUCAAGGUGAGUCCUAAUGGUGCAGUGCUGACCAAUAGUGAGCCCAGCGUGGUCUUUGUGUUCCUGCUGACCUUCGCUGUGUCUACCAUCACGUUCAGCUUCAUGGUCAGCGCUUUCUUCUCACGAGCGAACGUGGCAGCCGCGGCAGGGGGCUUCCUCUACUUCUUCUCCUACAUCCCGUACUUCUUCAUCGCCCCGCGCUACGACCUGCUGUCUCAUGCGCAGAAGGUGUCCGUCUGCCUCAUCUCUAACGUGGGUAUGGCCAUGGGGGCGCAGCUCAUCGGGGUGUUCGAGGGGAAAGGGACCGGGAUCCAGUGGAAUAACCUGCUGGAGCCGGUGAGCGUGGACGAUCCCUUCUCUCUGGCGCAGGUCCUGGGCAUGCUGCUGCUGGACUCGCUGCUUUACGGGCUGCUGGGCUGGUACGUGGAGGCAGUCUUCCCAGGAGAGUACGGGGUGCCGCUGCCCUGGCACUUCUUCAUGCUGCCCUCGUAUUGGUGCAGCACCCCGUGCCUGGCCCUGGUGAAGGAGAAGGAGGAUGUAGAGAAGGCUCUGAAGGGAGAGUUCAUUGAGGAGGAGCCGGUCGGGCUGGUGUCGGGUAUCAAAAUCAAACACCUGGCCAAGGUGUUCAGGGUUGGCAACGUGAUUAGGGAGGUGGUGCGAGACCUGACCCUGAACAUGUAUGAGGGGCAGAUUACAGUCCUGCUGGGACACAACGGGGCUGGGAAGAGCACCACGCUGUCCAUGCUGACUGGUCUGUUCCCCCCGACGAGCGGCCGUGCCUACAUCAACGGCUACGACAUCUGCCAGGACAUGGCCCUGAUCCGCCACAGCCUUGGGCUCUGCCCCCAGCACGACGUGCUCUUCCACAGCCUGACCGUCCAGGAGCACCUUCAGUUCUUCGCACAGCUGAAAGGGUAUCCCCGAGAGAAGACCCCGGACGAGGUGGAGCGAAUCUUGAAGAUCCUCAAUCUGGAGGACAAGCGACAGUCCCGGUCCAAGACUCUGUCUGGGGGGAUGAAGCGCAAGCUGUCCAUCGGGAUCGCGCUCAUCGGAGACUCCAAGGUGGUGAUGCUGGAUGAACCCACAUCGGGGAUGGACCCCGCUGCCCGGCGUGCCACGUGGGACCUGCUGCAGAGCCAGAAGCGUGGCCGCACCAUCCUGCUGACCACGCACUUCAUGGACGAGGCUGACCUGCUUGGGGACCGCAUCGCCAUCAUGGCUGAGGGAGAGCUGCAGUGCUGCGGCUCACCGCUCUUCCUCAAGAACAAGUAUGGUGCCGGCUACCACAUGGUGAUCGUGAGGGAGCCCCUGUGUGACGUGCCGGAGAUCACACGGCUGGUGAAGAUGUACGUGCCCAACGCCACCAUGGAGAGCAGCGCCGGCGCAGAGCUGUCCUACAUCCUGCCCAAGGAGAGCACUCACAGGUUUGAGCUGCUGUUUGCUGAGCUGGAGAUGAAGAGGGAGGAGCUGGGAAUUGCCAGCUAUGGAGCGUCGGUCACCACGAUGGAGGAGGUGUUCCUCAGGGUGGGGAAGCUGGUGGACUCCAGCCUGGAUAUCCAGGCCAUUCAGCUGCCAGCCCUACAGUACCAGCACGAGCGCCGCUCACAUGACUGGAGCCGGGAUGACGCCAGCAGCCUGAGCGGCAUGACCGACAUCACUGACGACAGCGGAACACUCAUCUCGGAGGACUGCUCCACCAUCAAACUCAACAUGGGGGCGAUGCUCUUCCUGCAGCAGUUUUACGCCAUGUUCCUCAAGAGGGCGCUGUACAGCUGGCGCAACUGGAAGGUGAUGGUGGCUCAGUUCUUGGUGCCGCUGGUCUUCACCGUGCUGGCGCUGGUCGUGGCACGCACCUUCCCCGGGGCCAAUGACUGCCCCCCACUGCGCCUGGCCCUUAGCCGCUACGGCCCCACCGCCGUGCCCGUGGCCCUUGAACCCGGGGCCAGGCCCCUCGCCGCAGCCCUGGCUGCAGCCUACACUGGGCAGCUGCCGGACCAGCUGGGGCAGGCCAGAAACAUCUCUGACCUUCCAGAGUACGUGUUACUGGCCUCGGCGGAGGAGGGAGGCGCCUUUAACGAGCACUGCGUGGUAGGUGUGUCCUUCGGCGAGGGGAGAGGUCAGGUGACUGCAACGGCGUACUUCAACAACCAGGGGUACCACACGCCUGCGACCGCCCUGCUGCUGCUCGACAACGCCAUCUACAGGCUGGUGGCGGGACCCAACGCCUCCAUCAGCACAGGCAACCACCCCCAGCCACGCAACGUCUCCGAGACCGCCCACGACCAGAUCACCAAGGGUCAGACCGGUUUUGCCAUCGCCAUUAACCUGAUGUACGGGAUGGCGUCUCUGUCGAGCACCUUCGCGCUGCUCAUGGUCACCGAGCGAGCGCUCAAGGCUAAGCAUGUGCAGCAGGUCAGCGGUGUCUACGUCUCCAACUACUGGCUGUCUGCCCUGCUGUGGGACCUCAUCAACUUCCUGCUGCCCUGCGUGCUGAUGCUGGUGGUGUUCAGAGCCUUCAACGUGCGUGCGUUCACGCAGGACUACCACCUGGGGGCGCUGCUGCUCAUCCUGCUGCUGUACGGCUGGGCGGUCAUCCCUCUCAUGUACCUGCUCAGCUUCCUGUUCUCUACCGCUGCCACAGCCUACACCCGCCUCACCAUCUUCAACAUCCUGUCGGGCACCGCCACCUUCCUCGCCGUCACCAUUAUGGGCAUCCCCGAGCUGGGUCUGGUGGAUCUGUCCAUUACGCUGGGCAAGGUGUUCCUGCUCUUCCCCAACUACUGCCUGGGCAUGGCCAUCAGCGACUUCUACCAGAACUACGAGUUCAUGCAGUUCUGCACCUCCUCCUUCAUGAGCAAAAUCAUCUGCCACAAGUACAACGUCACGUACCAGGAGAACUAUUUUGCGAUGGAGACUCCGGGGGUGGGGCGCUUCCUGCUGUCCAUGUCAGUGCAGGGCGUGGUUUUCAUGAUCUUCAUCUUUAUCAUCGAGCUGCACUUCCUGCAGAGACUGAGGCAGCUGUGCUGUGUGCUGUGCAGGAGACACAAGAGGGUGGCGGUGGUGAGUGGCGCCGCCCUGCUGCUCGAGGACAGAGACGUGGCGGAAGAGAGGAAGCGCGUCCUGGAGUGCCAGCCGGCGGUGGAGUCCAUGGUGGGGAGCCCCCUGAUUCUGCAGGAGCUCAGCAAGGUGUACAGCAGCGGUGAGACCCUGCUCGCGGUGGACCGGCUCUCGCUGGCCGUCACCAAGGGCGAGUGUUUCGGCUUGCUGGGGUUCAACGGCGCCGGGAAGUCCACCACGUUCAAGAUGCUGACGGGGGAUGAGACGGUGACCAGCGGGGACGCCUUCAUCGAUGGCUACAGCGUGCUGAGCGACAUCAAGAAGGUCCAGCAGCGGAUUGGCUACUGCCCUCAGUUUGACGCCCUCCUGGAUCACAUGACAGGGCGGGAGACCCUGCGCAUGUAUGCGCGGCUGCGGGGGAUUCCUGAGAAGUACGUGGGGGGCUGCGUGGAGAACGUGCUUCGAGCCCUGCUGCUGGAGCCCCACGCAGACAGACUGGUGCGCUGCUACAGCGGAGGGAACAAGCGGAAACUGAGCGCGGGGAUGGCACUGAUCGGGGGCCCGCCGGUCAUCUUCCUGGACGAGCCCUCCACAGGGAUGGACCCGGUGGCCAGGAGACUGCUGUGGGAUGCUGUGACCCGGACCCGCGAGUCAGGCAAGGCUGUGAUCAUCACAUCCCACAGCAUGGAGGAGUGCGAGGCGCUGUGCACCCGGCUGGCUGUCAUGGUGAACGGACAGUUCAAGUGCCUGGGCAGCCCACAGCACCUCAAGAGCAAGUUUGGCAGCGGCUACACCCUGCUGGUCAAGAUGAGGGUGGAGGAGGAGCAGGACCUGCAGCACCUCAAAGACUUCAUCGAGAGCACCUUCCACGAGAGCGUGCUCAAGGAUGAACACCAGGGAAUGGUGCACUACCACCUGACUGACACGACUCUCACCUGGGCUCAGGUGUUCGGGACAAUGGAAGCCGCCAAAGAAAAAUACGGGAUCGAGGAUUACUGCGUGAGCCAGAUCUCCCUGGAGCAGGUAUUCCUGAGCUUCGCCCAGUUCCAGCACUGCGCAGAGGGGAGGAGGAAGUAGCAGCGAAGCUCCUCCCACACACACACCCCUCCCAGGAGAGGCUGGGCAAGGGGCGCCUUGAUGGGAACACCUGGUCUAGACACCUGCAGACCUUCACUGUCUCGCAGCCUGAAGAAGGGAAGACCUCCGUGCUUGAGCAGAGUGCACUAGCAGCAGUGCGGUCCGCUCUGAUGUACUUUAUAUUCAAAAUACUUGAUGAGUUAACAUAUGUGAAGUAUGUUUUGGGCACCCCACUGCAUUGGAAGUGGCUUUGUUUUAGAAGACUUCAGCCUGUAAUCUAAUCCAGGCUGACCUGUUUUUUAUUUUUUAUUUAUUUAUUUAUUUAUUUAUUUAUUUAUUUAUUUAUUUGAUAUGUCCUUAACUGUUCAGAAGGAAAGUGAGGGAGUUGCAUCCUGGAAUUAUCGCUACCAAUUAAUUCAUGUAGAUCAUUUAGCUUUUGAUUUUAAAAACAAAAAGCAGUAGUAUCUUGAAGUAGCGUUUUGCAAAAAAAAAAAUGUAAGUAUUAAUUUGCAUGAUUCCGUUGCCUUUUCAUGAUGCAUGCUGGGGUAAAACUAUUGAAUGAAUGUAUCCGACAGGCACACUGUGUACAGUAAAUGUGUGAUGCAUGGCAAAGGAAAAAUAUGUGCCCUCUUGCAGCAGCUCAUGAUUUACAGGUGUUUGUGGAAUCAUUUCUCUUUUCUUCUGCAUUCAAAAGACUUUGACGUCUGCUUAUUAAGGCCACAUCAAAGAGGUAUGAAUGGGUUAUAUAUAUAUAUAUAUAGAUGAUCUACAGUACGAUCCCUCUUCUCUGAGUGGGACUGUGGUGUACAAACACAACAGAGACAGGACAGCCAUGCUGCCCUCCUGACUGGAUCAAUGCAAGAUGUCACUUUCUUAUUACCAUUCCGUCCUUUAGAAAUCAACCUCCUCAGAAAACUGGCUCUCCGAACGUGUGAGCAGCUCAAAACAAGCAAGCAAGCAAGGCACUUUAUUGAGAUGUCUAAUGAGGUACUGGAGGGAAAGAGGCAGUCUUUACAGAAGAUAAGAGAUCUGUUGCUUUGUGUGUUUGUGACCGAUGUGCUUGUGUCUGUGUAGACCGCCAGUGCAGUUCACACUAGUCUCACAGCUCUUCUAAGCUGGGGGUGUGACAUUUAGCUUGUUUUAAGUUACACAUUUCUCUAGUGAUGGGACCUCUGACAAUGGCAACUAAGUCAUGCUAUUUACUGUAAAAAGCGAAUGACUGAAGUGCUGUAUUGGGGAUAGGUAAUAUGUUGAUGUUUUGUUUUUAGAGUACCCAUGACACCUAACUUUGCUACACUGAUACAUGUAUAGAAUUUACACUACUGAUUUCUGAAGCAUGCCUUCACUAAAACAUCAUUAUACUUGAUUUGGGGGGGUGGAAGACUGGCACAUUUAGCAAUACUGGAUCAUAAAAGGGUUUAUAGGGAAAUGCCCCAAAUGUGUAACUCUUAAAUACGUUGGUUAGAUUGUCCAACAACAGUCAUGUUGGAGGUUCUAAAGAGAUAAGAGCAAAAAAAAAAAAGCCAUGGCCAAAUACUGCGAAUCCCGUUUCUUUAAAUAUGAUGUUUUGCAUUGUUGAAUACACUUUUUAAAAUUGUGUUAAAAAUCAGGAUAAUGUCUUUUAAAGUUUCCCAUUUCAAUGCAAUGCGCUAACCAGCCAGUUAAUAAUGUAUGAAUACAGGCUUCAGUGCAUAUUCUCUCAAGAUGUGUGUCUCCCGUGUUGUGAGUUUGUCCGUCCACACUAACGCAGCGCUAACGUUUUGCAGGUUAAUCCUAUCAUCCAAUAGGACGAGACUUGGAUUAUUACAGUCCUUAGCCAAGUUCCUGAAGGGAGUUAGACCCGCUAAGGUCAAAGUGACCUCUGCUUAAGUGUGACUAAUCAAUCAGAUGAAACUUUGCGUGGACUUUUUAUUUCAAGAGGUCAUUAAACGUACUGCGACUGCAGAUCCCAGGGAUGCACGUUCUCACAGUGCUGACAAUACUGAUUAAUGUUGGCGGUUAUCAUUGGAGGCUGUGUCUGGGGACCGCUAGUCAGGACUUCAAAGCUUAGCAUGGUUUAGCGAUGUUGUUCUACAUGAUGUAGGUGUAGCUUAUAGUGAUUCUUUUUCCUUUUUGAAAUUGUUUUCCAUGGUACUGACACCUAUAAUUAUGUGUUUGUAUAUCUGACAGAGAUGUGUCUUUCUGACCUGACUUGUUUUAGUCUUUUUAAUUAUUUUUAUAACCCUGUUUUACUACCAGGGUCGGGAUCAAUUCCUGUGUUUUCAAUUCCAAUGCCUUUUUAAAAUCAAUUCCCAAUUGCAGUUUCUUGAUUUUAUAUUUUAGAGACAUUAGUAAUUGUGAUUGGCUUCAAAUGAAAGCAGUUGAACAAUUUCAUUGACUAACAGUGACUUCAAUUGAAGUGAUUUGCUGCCACUGAGAAGCUCAUUUUAACAGAAUACUGCUAAUCAGUUACAGUAUGUGUUGGGAUUGAUUAAAAGGGAACAGUAAUUGGAUUUUGAAUGGGGAAUUGAUUUUAAAAAAGAAUCGGAAAUGAAAUUGGAAUUGAAAAACAGGAAUUGACCCAACCGUUUACUCCUCAAAUGAGACGUGUGAAUUCCUCUGUUGGGAUUUUAAUAACACUGACGAGUCCUGCAAUAGUAUGUUUAUAGUGUGAUAUGACCAGAAGGUAUACUGCUAUAUAUGCAUUCAUAAACUCAUUAAUAACCUGUAUCCUGAUUGCGCUUUACAAGUGAUACCUGUGGCCUUACUACAGUUUACUUUGUGUGUGUGUGAUAUAAUAUAAUAUAAAAUAUAUAUAUAUAUAUAUAUAUAUAUAUAUAUAUAUAUGUAGAUUGAUAAAUAUAUAUAGGUACCUAAUAUAUAUAUAUAUAUAUAUAUAUAUAUAUGGUAAGCCACAGAUAUGAAUGACCUCACAAUAGAAUGCUAUGCAUAUUUAAUUGUACUGUACGGACUUGCAAGAAUAGUAUUGUAGCUGCUGGCUUGAAUGUCCGUGUGUAUUACAUUAAAGACAGAUUGCUCACGAUCUGACAUUGGUAUGCUUUGAUGUUUAGAAGUGAUUUUGUAUUUGUACCAGACGGAAAGCGAACAUUGCUUUUAGCUUGGUAACGGGGGGGGGGGGGGUGUGUGUGCAAUGUUCUGCAUUUGCUUUCUUCAUCUGUAGAAAUAAGAAUAAAAUAAUGCUAGUACCAAAAAAAAUUGGAAUUGAAAAACAGGAAUUGACCCAACCGUUUACUCCUCAAAUGAGACGUGUGAAUUCCUCUGUUGGGAUUUUAAUAACACUGACGAGUCCUGCAAUAGUAUGUUUAUAGUGUGAUAUGACCAGAAGGUAUACUGCUAUAUAUGCAUUCAUAAACUCAUUAAUAACCUGUAUCCUGAUUGCGCUUUACAAGUGAUACCUGUGGCCUUACUACAGUUUACUUUGUGUGUGUGUGAUAUAAUAUAAUAUAAAAUAUAUAUAUAUAUAUAUAUAUAUAUAUAUAUAUAUAUAUAUAUAUAUAUAUGUAGAUUGAUAAAUAUAUAUAGGUACCUAAUAUAUAUAUAUAUAUAUAUAUAUAUAUAUGGUAAGCCACAGAUAUGAAUGACCUCACAAUAGAAUGCUAUGCAUAUUUAAUUGUACUGUACGGACUUGCAAGAAUAGUAUUGUAGCUGCUGGCUUGAAUGUCCGUGUGUAUUACAUUAAAGACAGAUUGCUCACGA